AUGGCCCCCAAGCCAUAUCGCGUUCACGUACAGCAGCAUGCCGGUUCUACAGCUCAAGAAAUACAAGACAAACCGGAAUGGAGCAAUGCUCACCAACACCGCAUAGGCUACUGCAACAGGCAUGACCGGAGGCCUGGGCUUACCCAUACGGGCGAUGAGGAAGAGGAAGACUUCGAGGAGCAGGCCGAAGACGAUCGACAGGAGCUCAGAAGGAAUGUCCAGAACGGUGACCUUGUAUACUUCAAAGAUAUCGUAAAGCGGGAAGAGGGAAAUCUGUUUGCGUCCGAUAAAGCCAUACUCACAACACAAAAAGUCAUCAACGAGGUCCGUGUAGGAUUUCAUCUUGGACGGCCACGAGAUCAUCCAACAGGAUGGAGUUACGUAAUGGUUGUCCCUCAACUCCUAUGGGAGAUCCAUGCGCUCGAUAUUGAAGGAGGCAAACUCAAGCUAUCUAUGGACGACUUGGAGAAUAACUUCGAACAUAUUAGCAUUCCAGUGGUUCUUGCCUGCGAUGGUAAUUGA